AUGUGGGAAAUUUGGGUUUAUGUUGUUGGUGGUGGGUUGUUGUUUGGAGCUUGCAUCGCGGUUGCAGCGGCCUACUUGUUGAUCCAAGGGAAGAAGAAGGACCAGGUUUCAGGUAAAAUGGCGGAUUUGGAGCUGCAGCAGCUCGGCCUCAGCAUCCGAACCACGAGCGACAAAAAGGUCUCGCUCGACCACUGUUCCCUCGACGGUAGCCUCCAAGGUCAGGCCACAAACAGUGCCGCAACGCCGCGCAAGAUGCCGUUCGAGAACUACACGAUGGACGAGCUGAAGAAGGCGACGGACGACUUCAGCUCGUGCAAUCUGAUCGAGGGGUCCGUCUUCCACGGCCGCCUCAACGGGAAGAACCUGGUGAUCAAGCGCACGAAGACCGAGACCCUCUCGAAGAUCGAGUUCGGGCUCUUACGCGACGCCACCCAUCGCCACCACCCCAACAUCGUUAAGGUGAUCGGGACGUGUUCGGCAGACGGCCCCGAUUCGUUCCUGGUCUUCGAGUACGCCAAGAACGGGUCCUUGAAAGACUGGCUCCACGGUGGGAAGGCGAUGAAGAGCCACCACAUCGCCUCCUGCUACGUCUUCCUGAACUGGAACCAGCGUCUGCGGAUAUGCCUCGACGUAGCCACGGCGUUGCACUACAUGCACCAGAUAAUGAUCCCGAGUUACAUCCAUGGAAACAUAAAGAGCCGGAACAUAUUUCUGGACGACGAAUUCAACGCGAAGGUGGGGAAUUUCGGCCUGAAGAGGUGCGGUCACGAUACCGAGGAUCAAAAGACUUGGAGCAAAGGGUACUUGGCGCCGGAGUACGUCCACCACGGCGAGAUAUCGCCGAGCAUGGACAUCUUCGCUUACGGCGUGGUUUUGCUCGAGGUGUUGUCGGGGGAGAAACCCAUUACUUGCGGGAACAAGAAGGGAGAAGAGGGUAUUUGGCUGUCCGAAAAAAUCAAGUUCAUUUUGGAGUCAGAGGACGCGGAGGAGCUGAGGGAAUGGAUGGACAAGGCGUUGGGCGAGGACUACUCGUUCGAUGGGGCUGUCAAGUUGGCUUACAUCGCCCGGGCAUGCGUCGAGGAGGAGCCGACGUUAAGACCGGCCGCCGGAGAGAUCGUGGAGGUGGUGGCAAGAUUGGUGGCGCAGUUGCCGUAUGGAGAGGAAUUCUCAGUUUGUGAAAGCUCUUCCCAGCCUCUGGUCCUUGGUUAA